GUUCCGCAAUUGUCUCACUCCCAAUGAAAUUAUUCUUUGUAUGCACGAUGACACGAAUCUGCACAAUAUUUAGACCAAAGACUGUUACGUUUUACGAUGGAGACAUCUGACCCCUUCUAGCUUCUGUUGAUCUGCUGUUGAAAACGACAAUCUCCGUCCAGAGUUGGCUUCAAUCGGAGACAGCAGCUGGUUUUCAGGCAGUUCUGUCAAAGCGCAUUCUUAUCAGAUUAAUAAGAAAUCGCCUUCAAAUUCUUACUCUGGAAAUAAUCAUGAAUGGUGUUCUAGAAGAAGACGUCAAGAGUUUAGUUCGCCUAAAUGCAGACGGGAAGAAGGAACUAUGUCUGAAAGGAAGAAAACUCGCCCAAGUUCCUGAUGCUCUCGCAAAAAUGACCGAUUUAGAAGUUCUCGAUCUCUCAGACAACGAACUAGCGGAAGUGCCGGAAGGGUUGAAGAAUCUAAACCAGCUUACAACUUUAGUGCUGAGUGGAAAUAAACUGGAGGAGCUUCCCCGUAUUGUUUGUCAGUUGAAAACGUUGAGAACAUUGGACGCGGCAUACAACACAAUUUCAAGAUUACCUGAAUCAAUAUCAAAUCUUGAUCAACUCACCACACUUAAUCUGAGCUACAACGAGCUCGAAGAGAUUCCGAAAAACCUGUGUAGGUUAAAGAAGCUAACUACUCUAGACAUAACAUCAAACCCAAUCGAAAGAAUAACAAAAGAGAUCACGAAUCUGCGCCUGCUCUCAACACUUCGGAUAGCAGGAACCAAGCUAAGAGAAUUACCGAGCUUUCUCUGUCAGUUGAAGAGGCUUGUCAAUCUGGACGUGUCCCGAAAUGAAAUUUCCAGACUGCCUGAAACCUUAUCUGGUUUAAGCCAGCUUCAAACCCUAAACUUGAGCACGAACAAGCUGGACGAACUGCCGGAGACCCUUUUCCUUCUGAAACGUUUGACAAUCCUUGACAUAUCAUGGAACUCUUUAAAGAAAAUACCGAAGAACAUAGAACAGUUGCAUCAAUUGAACACUCUUCGUUUGGAAGGAAACAACUUAUUUGAAUUACCUGAAGCCAUUGGUCAGCUGGAAAAGUUGACGACAUUAGACGUGUCGCUCAACCGUCUGGUGUCCCUGCCUAGAGCGAUAGCAUGCCUGACUCACCUAAAAGCGCUUCUGAUGAGCUGUAACAAGCUACAUUUGUUGCCAAAUGGUAUUUUCCGGUUGAAAUCGUUGUUAACACUAGAUGCAGGGUACAACGAAAUCCAGAGACUUUCUGAUCGUAUAGCAAAUCUCACCGAAUUAACCUCCCUUCAACUAGCGGGCAACGAACUGACCGAAGUCCCUGAGUCUGUUUUGAAGCUGACAAAGCUAACAACCUUGAAUGUGUCUGACAACUGUCUUACAACGAUUCCAGAAGGCAUCGCAGACCUUUGUCAACUCAAUUCACUAGAUCUGGCGAGGAAUCAUCUACAGAAUUUGCCGAUGGAGAUUUUCCACCUUAAAAGCCUAACAACACUAAUCCUCUCAUCGAACCAGCUGAAUAGGUUAAGCGACGAUAUUAUCAACCUCGAUCAACUUACUACACUUGAUGUUUCCGACAACCGCUUAGAAGAGCUUCCAGAAGCUAUUUUCAAGCUGACAACGCUUUCGACAUUGAAGCUGUCAUCAAACCAGUUGAAAGAAAUACCCGAAGAUAUCAUAAAUCUCGCUUAUCUUACUACACUGGAACUGUCACACAAUCNCAACUAG